CGCGGUCUCGAUGAGACAUAUGGGGGCGCUGACAUUGAUGAUGAAGGGGAGUACGAGGACAUGACAAUAGAGCAACGACGAGCUGCCGAAGCCGAAAUGGCGCGGCGAGACCGCGGUAUUGCUGGAAGGGUGGGUAGAGCCGCAACGCGGCGCCGUCGUCUGGGUUUUAUCGAAAGCGAUGAAGAAGAAGAGGAGGAUGGAACCAUGGGAGGAAUCAUCCCUGCUGGUGUUAAAAUCCGUGCGCGCAAGAUUUACGACGAGCGGAGGAAUGUCGAUGAUGCGGAGGGUAUGGAUGAGGCAGAUGAGUUACCAGUCGAGGAGCUUUCAGAUAUCAAGGCGAACUCUCUCGGCGAGUGGAUCACGACUCCCCGCGUUAGAAAAGCCCUCGAAAAUCAGUUCCGUCGCUUCCUACUUACAUAUGUUGAUGACGAAUCUGGGAAGAGUGUUUACGGAGAGCGUAUCAGGGUUCUGGGCGAAAUAAACUCCGAGUCACUUGAAGUGUCUUUCGUCCAUCUAAGUGAUUCAAAGCCUAUUCUUGCCUAUUUUCUUGGAAAUUGUCCCGCCGAAAUGCUCGAGAUUUUCGAUGCAAUCGCUUUGGACAUCAUCCUUCUUCACUAUCCAUCAUAUGAACGAAUUCAUUCCGAGAUUCAUGUCCGUAUUACCAACUUGCCAACCAUCUCAACCCUACGCGAUUUGAGAAGAAAUCAUCUCAACACCCUAGUCCGCGUCUCUGGGGUCGUUACUCGCCGGACGGGUGUAUUCCCCCAGCUCAAAUACGUCAAGUUUGACUGCAAUAAGUGCGGUGGUGUUCUUGGGCCAUUCUAUCAAGACGCAAACAAGGAGGUUAAGGUUGAGACAUGUCCGAACUGUGAAAGCAAGGGACCUUUCAGUCUUAACUCAGAACAGACAGUGUACAGAAAUUACCAGAAGAUGACACUGCAAGAGUCUCCCGGGUCAGUUCCUGCGGGACGACUUCCCCGACACCGCGAAGUGAUCUUGCUUUGGGAUCUCAUCGAUUCCGCGAAACCUGGUGACGAAAUUGAGGUUACUGGAGUAUACAGGAACAAUUUUGAUGCCGCGCUCAACGUCAAAAAUGGGUUCCCGGUAUUCUCAACUAUCAUCGAGGCGAAUCACAUCAACAAGAAAGAGGAUAUGUUCGCUGCCUUUCGCCUGACUGAAGAUGAUGAAGCCAAGAUCAGGCAGCUCUCAAAGGAUGAGCGAAUUGCCAAGCGAAUAAUCAAGUCCAUUGCACCUUCAAUCUAUGGGCAUAACGACGUCAAGACUGCUAUCGCUCUCAGUUUAUUCGGCGGAUUACCCAAGGACAUCAACAAGAAGCAUCGUCUACGUGGGGAUAUCAACGUGUUGCUACUUGGUGAUCCUGGCACUGCAAAGUCGCAGUUCCUCAAGUAUGUUGAGAAGACAGUACAUCGUGCAGUUUUCGCCACAGGUCAAGGGGCUAGUGCUGUUGGUCUCACAGCUAGCGUUCGAAAGGAUCCUGUCACUCGCGAAUGGACUCUCGAAGGCGGUGCCCUUGUUCUUGCUGACAAAGGGACUUGCCUUAUUGAUGAGUUUGACAAGAUGAACGAUGCGGAUCGAACGAGUAUUCACGAGGCUAUGGAACAGCAAUCUAUUUCCAUCUCUAAGGCUGGUAUUGUAACGACUCUACAGGCUCGAUGUGCCGUCAUCGCAGCGGCUAAUCCGGUCAGGGGUCGCUACAAUCCUACUGUCCCCUUCUCUCAAAAUGUCGAACUUACUGAGCCGAUUCUGUCCCGCUUCGACGUCCUUUGCGUUGUCAAAGAUACGGUUGACCCCGUCAAAGACGAGAUGUUAGCGAGGUUUGUUGUCGGAAGUCACCUAAGAAGUCAUCCCCAAUUCCGACCCGAGGAUGAAAUGGACGUUGGGACGAGUGUUGAUCAGGAUUUAAUCGAUCAGAAUUUACUCAGAAAAUAUAUUAUGUAUGCCCGCGACAAAGUUCGACCGAAGCUUCACGAUAUCGACAUCCAGAAGUUGUCCCAUCUCUAUGCUCACCUUCGCAAGGAGUCCCUCGCUACUGGAUCAUUCCCAAUCACAGUUCGACACUUGGAGAGCACCAUCCGCAUGGCGGAGGCGAGUGCGAAGAUGCACUUGCGUGAAUAUGUUCGUGCAGACGAUAUCAACCUUGCGAUCAAGGUUACGGUCAAUAGCUUCGUUAACGCACAGAAAAUGUCAAUCAAGAAAACCCUGGAGCGGUCCCUCAGGAAGUACAUUACUCUUGAGCAAGAUCGUGAGGAAUUGUUAUCGUACCUUCUGGGACAGAUUGUCAAGGAGAAAGCUCGUGCAUAUCAGGCACAAAAAUACGAAGCACCUUCAAGUGUCAGCGUCAAGAUUGCUGAGUUUGAAGAACGGGCAAGGGAUCUCGAAAUCCAUGACGUGUCCUUCUUCACCAAGUCGAAGCUCUUCAAGCGCAACGGUUACAUACUCCAAAACGGAGAGAUUGUAAAGCGCUUCGCAAUACCCUCGAACGAAUUAUAGUUGUUCCAAAUCCUUCCACGCGUUCUGCUAAGUUUGCUAUAUCUGGUGUUGUGCAAGUAACAUAUAUUGUAUCGUGUACACUAACCCUUGUUGUGUAUUUUGGUACCAUGAUAUACAGGUCAAUUUGUUUCAGAUGUCU